UUUGUUGUGUUUUCGGCGCGUGCAACACCCAGUCUUCGCUGCCGUCGGGGAAAAGAUCGCCUAAAACACACCGAAAAGCGCUCCUAAUUCACAAUGAAAAUCACCAAACACAAGAAAACUCGUAAGUAUAUGAGUUUUUACAUCAACAACUUUGGAUUUCGCGAACCACUGCUCGUGCUGAUCGAUGGAAGCUUUUGCCAUGCAGCGUACAAGAUCCGCCUGCAAAUAGAAGAGCAGCUAAAAAAGUACUUCCAGUGUGAGGUAAAGCCCAUCGUCACGGCAUGCAUCAUCACCGAGACGGACAAUCUCGGACCGGGCUUCACCGGCACCAGUCAGCUGUUGAAGAAAUUCCUCGUACAUCGCUGCGGCCACGAGAAGCGACCGCUCGACGGUUCGUCCUGCAUCAAAUCCAUGACCAAAUCGUGCCACUACAUCGUUGCCACGCAGGACCGAGCGCUGCAGGAGUGGGUCCGCGAGCAUCCGGGUAUACCGCUUUUCUACCUGCACAAUGCAUCCGUCCCCACGCUGGUGCAACCGUCGGAAGCUCACCGUCAGGCGGCUGCGGAAGGGCAGAAGAAUCGGGUAGGCAUUCGUGAACUUGAUCAGCAAACGAUACAAAAGCUAAAAGUGAAGGAAGGGCUCGUUACGCCCGAAUCGAACGGUGGCCCCAAGAAGAAGCGAAAGGUGAAAAACCCCAACCCGCUGUCGUGUAAAAAGCCCAAAAAGAUGAAAAAGGGGGUGGAAGGAAAGGGGACGCCGUCGGAGAGCAAGCCACCCACCGUGGGGGAGGGUGGAGUGGUAAAGAAAAAGAGCAGAAAGCGCAUCAAGCUGCCGAAACACGUCAUCGAGCAUCUGAAAGCCGGCAACGGUGGUGGUGCUGGGGCGUCAUAAAUGUAAGCAAAAACUGUAAAAUAAAAUUCGGCAAUUAAAGCUCAUUUAAUUGA